AUGGCUAGAAAGUGCCCCGUGUGUGGGUCAAGAAAGUGGAAGAGAGAUAGAGUCACGGGAAAUGCUGUGUGUGAAGACGGACAUGUGCUUCAGGACUACCGGUCGGAGCUGCUGGUCAUUGAUGGUGGUGUCAACUUUCAACUUCAACGGAGAAGGACUGCAAAGGGUCCUCGGAACAACAAACGAAGGACUGAAGGUCGAAAGAACAAAGAGCUGUACCACGGGAACGAGGCAGAGUACAUGAAGAUCCAAGGUCUUCAGCUUCUUAUUCGGCACCAGAGUCACACAUUGAGCAAGCUAUGGCAGCUUCCUGAAGCUUUCGAGAUGAUCGUCCGAGAUCUUUGGGCGUAUCAACUCUCCAUUUCUGUCCUCCCCGACAUUCCUGCUCCCCCAGUAGCCGAAGAAGAGACUCCAAUCCAGCACUCAAAGUGUCUUCCCGAACUACGCAUCGACCCGGAUCCCCAGCCGGAUACUCGCGACGAACAUUCCUCUUCCGGUUCUCAAUCCGACUCAGACGAGGGCGAAAGCGAGCCGGAAGAUAACAUCGAUCCAGAGCUCUUGAGGGAUCUAGAGGAAGGGGACGGUGACGGCGAGGAUGUUGAAGAUGGAGCGAAAGAGGACAAGAAUACAAGAGGAGAUGCGCGGUGGAAGCGGAAGAGACGGUUGAGAGCUGCAGAUACCAUCACUACCUUGGUAUUGGCGCUGUGGAUGAUGAGGGUGCCCGUCAUGGGAUCCGACAUUGAAAGCCUUGUAAACUCGGUUCAAAUACCGUAUGUCGACUUUGGUCAUUCCACAUACAUUCCCGAGAACAUGAAGAAACGCCUCAAUCGCAGUGUUGUCCAAGCGCUAUCUCCUCGGAGAUCACCUAGUCCCAGCAAGAUUCACGACUCGUGCAGAAUCUUUGCCCGAAUCCUGUAUCGAAAGUAUGGCGUACAGGUGCCGCUUUUCAACUUUCACCCUGUCAGCUGGAGUAUCGUGUCCUCUCUCGGUAGUGCUCCAAUGAUACAUGCUCUCCUGCUUCGCCUGAUGGACUUGAUCUCGGUACCUUUUCAUCUUACCACCCAUGAUCUCAGCACCAUUACCCGCAAACAUCGUACACAAUCCUCCUACAAGUCUCGUUCAAAGGCCAAACCCAAGACCAGAUCACAAUCACGUCCCACUGCCGACGACGAAGAGGGCGAUUCAGACCAGGAAGAUGCUCCGAGGGAUGAACAGGAGGAGGGACCGAGGUGGGAAAAGUAUGAGCGUACAAAGAGAAUGUACGACGAGCUCCCACCGGAGCUGAGUAUCGUUUCUGCGUGGGUCUUGUUGAUGAAGCUUGUGUACGGACUCGAUGGUCAACCAAGAGCCGCACUUUUGUCGCGAGAUCCUGCCAUUGGGCUGCCAAAAGGUGAGAUCUGGCUUCAUGAGUUGGAUAGAAGGUUGGGCGAAGGUAUUUUGAGCGCAAGAAAAAAGGCGCCUAGAAUAUCCCAAGCCGAGUUUGUGAGCAUGGAGGACACCGAUAUCGAUUCCUUCCUCAACAACGCCGAACACGUUUUGCUAGAUCAUCAUGCCCCCGGAUCUGACGCGUCCCAUUUCCCACUCCCCCCUUGUCCACCCGUCCUGAAGCCCAACAAGAACUCCUGGACCGCCUUCCACUCUGACCUCACACCGGUCGUACACACCCGUCCUCCCCUGGCUCAAAGCUCGCAAACAUUGCCUCUCAUGCCUGGCGAGAAGACCCGGUCUUACGAUACGAAAGACGCUUCUGGACUCUAUCCCCGCGAGAUGGAGAUUGUGCUCAAGAGUGCUGGUGAAGCUGUUGGAUUUGAUUGGAAAGAAGUUGGGAAAGUCGUCAAGCAUUGGGAGAGAAAGCUAGAGAAGGUGAAGGGUGAGAGACGGAAAGCAGGCAGAUCUCUUGUGUCGGGCUAUCGCCGUACCAAACAUCGACCUUCCAAACGACCCUCUCGUCCCCGCACAGGAUCAUCGCGACAACCAACCAGCCGUGAUCCAAGUCGAGCGAGGUCAAAGAAACGUACAGGGAGCACGUCAGUGCUAGCAAGUCGGGAAGAUAGCAGGGCUCGGCCCAGGACGAGGGCGUCUUCGCGUGCGGAAAGCGAGAGCUUUAGGGGAAGCAGGGAGCCGAGUCGGGUUAGGGGAAGUGUACCUGGCACGCCUGUUCUUUCGAGGGCGGGGAGCAGGUCGAGGCAGAGUACGGGUAGUCCUAGGACGGCCAGACGGCUUGCUGAGAGGAGCAGGGACAGUAGUCAGGUUAGGUGA